CUAACAACUUGCAUUGGAGGUAUUAUUCUUGGGAUUGUCAUUGAGUGGAGGCUUUCUCUAAUUGUACUCUCAGUCACUCCUGUACUGGCUUUUAUUGUAGCUACAAUGUCUAAGUUUGUUGUUACUAAUGCAACCAAUGAGCAGAAGGCAUAUGCUAAGGCUGACAGCACCGCUGAGGAGGCCAUAUCAUCUAUUCGAACAGUUAUUUCAUUUGGAGGCGAAGAAUUAGAAGCAAAGAGGUAUGAGUCUGCAGUAGUUGAUGCUCAACGUGUCUCACGGUUGAAUACUCUCAUAUUAAGUGUUGUAGUGGGCGUCAUGUAUUUUCUUGUGUUUGGCACGUGUGCAUUGGCUUUUUGGUAUAUUGGAUAUCUUGUUCGAACUGAAUCGGCAUCAGCUGGAAAAAAAUUGAUAGUAAGGCAAAUUUCUGAUCAAUACUGGAUUGUCUUUGUGCAAAUACAAUUGUUGUCGAAGGCAUUUAUAGCUGUUCUUCGUGCUGCAUUUGCUUUGGGAAAUAUUGUACCAAGUGUCGAAAUGGUUUCAGCAGCCAAAGGUGCUGCUGUCAGUGUGUUCAGCAUAAUAAGUCUGAAACCAAAAAUUGAUUCAUUGUCUGCUGAAGGAAGCACAGUAGCUGAAGACAAACUAAAUGGAGAUCUUGAAUUUGGAAAUGUAUCUUUUUCAUAUUCUGCAAGACCAGAUAAACAGGUUCUGACUGACAUAAAUUUGACCAUUAAAAGUGGUGAAACUCUGGCACUAGUUGGUCCAAGUGGCUCAGGAAAAAGUACAAUUGUUCAACUAAUUCAGAGGUUUUAUGACCCAACUACAGGAGAGAUAUAUCUGGAUCAGCACAAUUUGAAAUCAUUGAAUGUGCAUUGGCUGCGAAAACAAAUUGGUGUUGUCAGUCAAGAGCCUGUGCUGUUUGCAACCACUAUUGCUGAGAACAUUCGAUAUGGCCAUCCAGAUGUCUCAUUUGCAGACAUUGUCAGAGCUGCCAAAGCUGCUAAUGUACAUGACUUUAUUAAGUCAUUACCUGAGCAAUACGAUACACAAGUUGGAGCUGCUGGAUCACUUCUGUCGGGUGGUCAGAAGCAGCGCAUUGCCAUUGCUCGUGCGUUAGUUAACCAUCCCAAAGUUCUGCUAUUGGAUGAAGCAACAUCUGCUCUUGACAGUAAUAAUGAAGGGCUUGUGCAGGAUGCAUUGGAUAGAGCACAGAAAGGAAGGACAACUGUAGUGAUUGCUCAUCGACUGAUUACAGUUUUGAAAGCAACAAAAAUUGCAGUUAUUGUUAAUGGUGUGAUAGAAGAGAUGGGAUCACAUGGUGUGUUGAUGGCCAAGAAAGGAGCAUAUUAUAGUUUGAUCGCUUCACAGAAUCAUUUACACCACAGCACUGGUGAAGUUACAGCACACGCGGAACCCAGUGCUAGAGACUUGUGGCAGAGAUUGUGUGACGUUGUGCAUUUUCAGUCAGCUUUUGUUCAAAGGUUUCAAACUUUCAGACAGCAAUCAAGGAAAGUGUCAAUAAAACAACGACCAGAAAGAAACAAAAGCUUUCGUGUUCCAGGUGGAUCCAGUUAUUACAGACCAUCUAGAAUCAGUCGUAAUACAUUGGACAGAGCCAGUCGAGGUCAAGAGUCUUUAAACUGUAGACUUCUUUCUCGUCAGUCAACUACGUUUGCUAUACAAGUGGGUAAUGACAAUGAACCAGCUGGUAAUGAACCAGCUGGUAAUGAAUCACAGCCACUACCACCUUCUCUAAUGCAGUUGAUUAAGUUGAAUAUUUCUGAAUGGCAGUGUCUACUGUGGGGCAGUGUUAGUGCUAUUGUUGCUGGGAUUGUUAUGCCUAUCUUUGCAUAUGUUUUUGCUGAGGUUUUACAGACCUUUACUAAGACAUGCAGUGCUAUUGAAAGCCAGCUGAUUACUUGGUCAUCUGUGUUAGUUGGAAUUGGAGUUGUAGCUGGGCUGGCUGAGUGUUUAAAGAACUAUUGUCUGGGACAUGCUAGUGAGCAUUUGAUCAGUCGAAUAAGGGUGAUGGCGUUUCGAGGUGUUCUUCAACAAGAUGUUGCUUGGUUUGAUAAUUCGUGUCAUUCUGUUGGUCUUGUUUGUUCUCGUCUGGCUCAUGAUGCAGCAGAAAUAAAGCCAGGUCCUGGAGGUCAAAUAAUUUCAAUUGGCCAAUCAUUUGUAACAGUGUUAACUACUUUCACUGUGUCUUUUAUCUUUAAUUGGCCACUGACGUUUGUGAUGCUUGAAUUAGCACCCAUCUUGGUCAUUAUUGGUGUUGUCCAGUUCAAGGUUUUAGCACAAUAUGAGAGAACUAUACAAGAAAACAUUGAAUUAGCCAACAGUUUGGCUGUUGAGGCUAUAGCCAACAUACAAACAGUUGCACAACUGACAAGUGAGGAUAGACUACUGCAGAGAUAUAGUGACCUUUUGAAGAAGCCGUUUGCAGUUGCUUCUGUUCGAAAUUAUUUGGUGGGUUUUUUGAAUGGCUUGCUUGAGGCAAUGCUGUUUUUUGCUGCUGCAGUAGUGUUUCGAUUUGGAGUAUGGGAAAUUGAAGAGUUCCAUGAAUUGGCAUUCAACGAUGUGCUAGUUGUGUUUGGCUGUCUUGUGUUUGGUGCUUUGUCUAUUGGUCAGGCAUUGGCUCUUUCUUCUGAUGCUGCCCAAGCUCGUUUGGCUGCAGCUCAGGUGUUUGAGUACAUUAAUUCGAAACCACUUAUCAAUAUUGACUGUAAAGAUGGCGUGCACACAGAAAUUGCUGGCCGUGUUUGUUUCAAUGAAGUUUCGUUUGCAUAUCCAUCGCGUGUCAAGACUAUUGUGUUGAAUAAGAUGAAUCUUACUGCAGAAGCAGGCCAGACUGUAGCAAUUGUUGGAGCAAGUGGUUGCGGAAAGAGCACAUGCAUUCAACUGUUGCAAAGGUUCUAUGAUGCUCAUAUGGGGAGAUUGCAAGUGGAUGGUUGCGAUGUCCAUAAUUUCAAUGUGAAGUACCUUCGUUCUCAGAUGGCUCUAGUUAGUCAGGAGCCAGUGCUGUUUGCACGUAGUAUUCGAGAAAACAUUGCAUAUGGUGAUCACUCACGGCAAGUCUCCCAACAAGAGGUCGAAGAUGCAGCAUCUGCUGCUAAUAUCCACUCUUUCAUCGUCUCUUUGCCAAAUGGGUAUGAUACAUUGUUGGGUGAGAAAGGAAGACAGUUGUCUGGUGGUCAAAAGCAACGAAUAGCUAUUGCUCGAGCUUUAAUCCGUAAACCCAAGAUCCUACUCUUGGAUGAAGCAACCUCAGCACUUGACAGUGAAAGUGAAAAGGUAGUGCAAGAGGCUCUUGAUAGAGCUCGACAGGGCAGAACCUGCUUCGUGAUUGCUCAUCAUUUAGCUACUAUUGAACAUGCAGAUAAGAUUGCAGUUAUGAGAGAAGGACAACUUAUUGAAGAAGGAACACAUGCUCAGCUAAUGCAACUUCAGCGAUUGUAUUACUCCUUCCAUGCAGGAAGAAUAGCGUAGGGGCUACUAUGGGCAGCUUACUCCAAUCUAAGCUACAGGACGAUGAGACAAUGCCUUUAAUUAAUUAAGGACAACAGCAAACAUCCAUGUGUUUGUCAACAUUGCAUGUUGUGAUCAAGUUAGCUAAAUGUGAAGUUAGGCAAGUCUACGUAUGCACACUUGCACAACAUACAGCUCAACUUUCUUGGCUUCAGAUGAAUACAACUUAUUUGAUUACAAUCAAUCAAAAAAUUUA